UUUAUUGAGGUGGAUGUCAGCUUUAAUUAGCAAUCGAUACGGGGGUGUGGGAGGGGGGGGGGAUCUGCAGAAAGCGCCUCUGACGUCAGCGCCUAUUACCGCUUCUCAUUGGGCAUCAUAUUCCCACAGCCUCGGCUAAUUAUUGGGAGGUUCAUGUGGAUAAAGUGGAGCUCAUCCCUGCCUCCACAUCAUGUCUCCUCCUCGCUGGCCACACUCCGCGCUGCCACCGCUGCCUCUGCAUGGUUUGUAAACCCCCAUCCCCGGCCUUCGUUCUUCCUCCGCUUCGUCCGCACGUCGUUUCCUCUUGGCUGCAUGCGGGAUGAUGGACAGCCGGAUUCUGGAUCCGCCGCACGCCCAGUUCGGAGCUUCCCUCGGCGGGAUGGUGGGCUUCCCGUACCACCUGAGCCACCAUCACGUUUACGAAUUAGCCGGGCAUCAACUUCAGUCCGCGUCCGCGGUGCCUUUCUCCAUAGACGGAUUACUCAAUGGAUCCUGCGCGGCUUCCGUGGGCAAUUCCAACCCCCUGCUGUCCUCAGGCUGCGGGUUGAACGGAGAUAAUCAGCAGUACAAACUGACAGACCCGGUGGACCCAGACAAAGACAGUCCCGGCUGCAAGAGACGAAGAACUCGCACUAAUUUCACAGGUUGGCAGCUGGAGGAGUUAGAAAAGGCUUUUAACGAGAGCCACUACCCGGACGUGUUUAUGAGGGAAGCCCUGGCUCUGAGACUGGACCUCAUAGAAUCAAGAGUUCAGGUGUGGUUCCAGAACCGCAGAGCCAAAUGGAGGAAGAAGGAGAACACAAAGAAAGGUCCGGGUCGACCCGCUCACAACGCGCACCCCACCACCUGCAGCGGGGAGCCCAUGGCCCCGGAGGAGAUCGCCCGGCGGGAGCUGGAGCGCAUGGAGAAGAAGAAGCGCAAGCAGGAGCGCCGUCUGCUCAAGUCCCAGAACAAGCUGGUUUCUGGGGAUUUAUUUCACACCCCGGGCUCUGACAGUGACAGCGGGGUGUCGCACGUCACCGACAGUGACCACAUCACGCCGGGUCCACCUUUUGACACGGCGGAACCUCAAUUAACGCAGUCCGGCUGCGACCACCAGACGCAUCAUCACCACCCUCUCCAGACCCAGAACUUCAACCAAAGACAUUCCGAGCGGGAGGCCGGUGAGCUGGACUCACCCGAUUGCAGCCAGCGGACAAACAGAGGCUCAGGUUUGCAGAAACUCAACCCUUUCAGCGUGGAGAGCCUCCUGUCUGACUCCAGACCGAGGCGCAGCCCCGCGGCCUUACCGUCGUCGCGACCUUUGCUCGGCAAAGGACACUUUCUGCUCUAUCCCAUCACGCAGCCGCUUGGAUUCAUUGUUCCACAAACUGCUCUGAAGACAACGGCAGCGGCGACCGCAACACCGGGCGGUGACGCGCUGACGGAAAAGAGCCAUCAACCCGGCGGCGUCUCAGCCGCCGGGUCAUGUCAGGGUCGCAGCGGUUCCCCGGAGGUAACGAUAGCCUCCAAGGAGCGCGAGGCGAGUCCGGCACACUGCAUCAGCCCGUCCAGGGCCACCUUACACGCGGGCAAAAGUAGACCUCAGAGCGAGCCUGAGCUCCAGGCUGCGGACAGGAAAGAGCUUUUUGACAACAAGGAGUGCGUCCGGCAGCCCCACAGUCCUGCGGACACAAAGACAGAGUCUUGCAAAGAAGAUGUCGACAUGGAGUAAGAGCUCAUCUGGUAAAACAAACAAACAAACAAACAAACAACAACAAAACAAUCAAAUGUGACCUCUUAAUGACAAACACCAUCAACAACCAAAGCUUGACCAGAACCAUCGGUGUCCUCUCUCUAUAGACUCUCUCUAGAUUAUCCUCCUAAUGUGUUAUUGAAAAAGAAAAGAAAAAAGAAAAAUCACCACGUGACCCAACAAAAUCCCCAAGAGCUGUAAAAAAGGCGGGAAUUACAUUAUUUAUAUAUGUAAGGUUUUUUAAUAAAUCUAUUGUAUACAAGCACCUCGAACCGUGUGAGACCCUAAAUA